UCUGUAGGAGGGUAUGAGUCUAGAUGUUUCUGUGUCAAUAUGAAUUUCAGUUGUUGGUUCCCUCAGUACAGUUGUCAUGGGUUGUCAUGGAGAUAUCAUUCUAUGCUUUCAAACAAAUCUGCCCAAGCUCGUUGUUGAUCUAUCUUAUAAACUAAAGAGAUUUCAGAGAUGUCAUACCGUGAAGUAACAGAUUUUAUCGACAAAAUGUGUUUAUUGGGCUAUCCCCGCUUAAUUUCGCGCGAAAAUUUUCGAUCGACUAAUUUCGAAUUGGUAGCAGAGAUAUUGAACUGGUUUUGUCAGAAGCUGGAUACGAACAAUGGAAUAAAUUUUCUUUUGGAAACUGAGCAAGAACGCGUUGUUUUCGUGAUAUCUGCAGUGAAAUUUCUGAAUACCAAGCUACAGAUAAAAUUAAAUCCCAAGCGACUUUACCAAGCGGAUAACAUAGCUGUAAGAGAACUUCUCAAUGUGGCAACUUUUUUCUACGAGGCGAUGCAGCUUGCCCGUAAUGGUGGCGAUGAUAACGAGCCAUCUCUUUAUGGAAUCAACAGUCAGCCCGAAGACGUUCGCGAAAUGCGCCAACUUGCAUCUGAAAUAACAUCAAAAGGCGCUUUGAUUCAUGACUUUUUAGGACAAGAAUUACGAAUGAAAUAUCAGCGAGAUCAAGUGCUACAGCAUACUUAUGAACUCGGGCAAAUUGAAUCUGCAUUGCAAACCAAGAUGAAAACAAUGGAGGUGCAUAUUGCCCAAAAGCAAGAAGCCAUAGAUAGUAUAUCUAACAACGAAGCAUCCCUGGACCAAAAAAUUGACAAAAAGAGUCAAGAACUUCAGCGCCUCCGCAAACGUUUGGAAACGAUGAAAAAUAUAAGGCCGCCUUUUAUGGACGAAUUCGAAAAACUAGAAGCAGAACUCAGACAAUGCUACGAAGAAUACGUCCGAAAAUUUCGUUGUCUUUCGUACCUUGAUGGUCAAUUGCAGGAACUUGAGAAAAAUGAGCAGCAGGAACUUGAAGAAAGACAGGCUGCUGCCCGGAAGAUGGCUGAACGUUUAAGACAAGAAGAAACUUUGCAGGCUCUUGAAGCUGCUGUAGGUGGCACGUGGGAAGGGGGAAAAGAUUUCGAUUUAUCUAGUGAAGGAUCGCUGGAGAGCCCAAGUGAUAAAGAACGGAAUAAAUCAGAUUCACGACCACGAAUUGGAAGUCGUCGAAUUGGUGUCAAGAACGAUAGUGAUCUUCUCAACAGUGACACGGAGGAUUCUGAUUUAGAGGCAGAAGAUCCACAUCUCGAAGAAGGUUCUUCUGAUUCAGACGUUACCAUAGACGAAUGGCAAAACGAAUCUCGAGCAUGGCAAGCCGGUCCGGGAAAUACCAACCGAUCGAUAACUAGGAGUGAACCACUAAUCAAACCGAUUCUUGCAAACGUAUCCGAAGAUGACUUUUAAACGAUGGUAGGAAACAGGCAACACAGCCAUUUCCGCUUUUACGAUACAUGGCUUUGAUACGGAAUUGAAUGACAACGCAAAUUAAUUUUAUUUUUUAGUUGACAGU